GGAGGAGGCUGGGGGGGAAGACACAACCCUUUCCUUAUCUACUGAAGGGACAAUGUCACACCGAAGCCCAAGCCCAGGAAGAGGUCGGCACUCCCGGCCAGAGGUGGCAGCGGCUAGGCCAGGGCCUGGGGAAGGAUUACUCCAGGAAAAAAGGUCACAUAAAGUCACAUUUUGUCAGAGGACACAAAGCAGCAACUGAUUUCCAAAUUUCUUGAUGAGUUAUGUCCUUCAGCUUCUUCUCAAGCAUGGAAUGACCACCGGUGGCUUUCUGCCUUAGGGACCAGGAGAGAAUGCUCCAAUGGAGGGGUUCCAGAAAUUCAUUUUACUUCUUUUCAUCUUAUCUGCCUCGCUAACAGGUCUUGGCUUUUGUAAUUCUAUUGUAAAUGGCCCUACUAAUGCAACAGUCCUUGUUGGUUCAGAAGCCCGGUUUAAUUGCACUGUUAUGAAAGGAUGGGUCAUUCUCAUUUGGUUGUUCAAGGCAAAUCCUGUCCUCACUGUCAUUAAUCCUCAAGGAGCUAUUGAAACAUCAGACCGCUUCACAUCUCAAAAUUAUACCAAUAAUGAUGAAUUUACCUCAGAGCUGAUCAUCCACAACACGCAGCUAGAUGACUCUGGAAAAAUUGAAUGCAGCACCCAGCAAACUGGUGAAAGCAGCUUUGCCUUUCUUUCUGUUCAAGUUAAUGGAUCUUUAUUCAUCAAAAAUAGCACCUUAACAGUUAAAGAGAAUGAAACACUUGAAAUUGUUUGUGAAGCCUUAGGAUGGGCUCCAGCUCCAGACAUUACUUGGAUGACAAAUGACUCUCUGAUUGAUAAGUCGAGGUAUGUUACCCAGCAAAGUCAAGGAUCUAAUGACCUCCACAAUGCCUUGAGCGUCCUGACUUUGACUCCAACAGACACUGAGAUUUUGACUUGUUUAGCUGAUAUAGAAGCACUCCCUAGCCCUCAGAAUGCAACUAUAACUGUUUUCUUUGUCAACUCUACUUCAGAAAAUGGUUACAGUGAAGACAGCAUAAGCACAUGGGUUAUUGCACUUGCAGUCGUGUUUUCAGUUGUUGGUUUUAUUCUCCUGGUCAUUAUUAUUGUGGUUGUCGUACGCUGCUGCUGCCUAAAGAAAGGAUCCACGUACGAAAGUGAAGCAAGGAAAAUUUCAGCUACAAAGAAAACAGAUGGCCAUGCAAAAAAUGGGCAAAGGAGUGGUAGUGAAAAUGAGGGAUACAUUCCAGAGGAACCACAGCACACAGGACGAAUCCCUAGAAUUGUCCCUCCUCCUCCAAUGUCUACAAAGUUCACUGUCCGUGAUGCAGAUUUACAAACCAGGUCUGCACAAAAGUCUCCAGACUAGACAAGCUGUGGAUUUGAGAUGGAAGCACCAUUGAAUGUGGCGCUUGAUGUUCCUUUACAAACAAAAUCCAGUGUAGAUGCAGUCAGUAAAAGAGCUUUUUCUCUGGAUAAUUUAAAGAUUGCAUUUUCCAAUUGCACUUCCAUACUGCAGAAGUUUCUUCAGUCAGGAGCUUAGCACCAAUCUAAGAGACCUUUGGCAUCUCAGCAGUAAAUGAUGGAAGGGGAAGCAAGGAACCAACAUCCAGUCUACUCUCAUUUUUUGUCCCCUUUCCACAAGACAAAAAGCAUAAAGAAGCAGGGUUCAGUAUUUAUUCCUCUACUUCUUUCAUCCUCAUCUGCCUCUAUUCUGAAGCAUGGUGGUAGGCUCUCAGCUUCUUGCACAACAGCAACAUGGAUCUUAAUUUAUGCCAUACAUUUAUAAAAUACAUUUAACAUCUUCAUGAUUUUUUUUUUUUUGCCAAUAUUCUCCUGGGAAAAUAGCAGUACCAAGUUCACCAUUCAACACAGCGAUAACUCGUUUAUUUCUGAAGAUAUGUUUCAACAUGUGCAAUGCAGAAAUCUGUCUUGAGAUGACAUUGCAUAUAAAUCAUAGCAGAGUAUGUCUUGUUCUUGCAGCACACAAUAAAAUUUAGGAAGUACUCAAUCGAUGAUUAAAGCAAUGAUCACAAUAAUAACAGUAAAUAUAAUAGGAAUGAUAAUGAUGUAUCUGUAGCUGGUAGUUAUUAUGUUUGACAUUAAUUACUUGUUAAACAAAAUAUUAUAAAUGCGAAGCUGAAAAGCAUGCUCAACACAGCUGAGGGUUGAAACAUGAAACUGAAACACAAAGGUGCAGCCCUCUAUGGCAGAUGCUGGGUAGGAUGGCCUAGGAGGUCUUUGCAGCUGAAUAUCUAGGGAAACUUUGAUACCCAUCAGAGGGACACAGCAUAGAGUUGAACCAUUUCUGUUAAACCACUUGUCCCUGGGCAAUAUUUGGUACUAGUCUGCUAAGGUGGCUUCUAGUUGCUUUGGUAACUGCAUGCAGAUUUUGAAAGGUAUUGAGAGAUAAUUUGCAGGUGAAAAAUAUUUAUAUAUAUUUUUUAAUAUGUUGAAGGAAUAUUUAGCAAUCUAAAAUUGGCUCGUAAACAAAAACUACUUCUCAGUGUGAAAGGGCUUCUCAGCAUUUUGCGAUGGCACCAUCUUGUACAUACAGGAGCUGAUAAAGGAAAUGCAAAUAUUGUCUGAUGAAUGUUUUACCUAAAAUUGUGGAUUUACAGUUUAUGAUUUAGGUUUAUGGGAUUAUAUAGAAACAUAGUGAAACAUUUCCCAGGCAACAUACAGUGUUUUUGUCUUUUACAUUCAUAACCUUCCCUGAUAAAUGCAAAAGCUCUCUUUUCUGACAAAGAGGUGAGUUACUGGAUGCAUUUUAAUAAAGUUCAAUCACCACUGUAGCCAAUAUAUUGCAUAAUAAACAUUGUGGUGCUCCUUCAUUAUAACACAUUUUUGGGUCAAUCAGCAGAAAUUAGGUGGCAAGCCAUUUAACUGUUUGCUGAUAAGUUGUGUUUCUCAGUUCCCUUUCCCCAUAUGGAUCCUGGAAAUUUUCCCAAAGGAUUUGGGGAUUUUUUUUUUUUUUGAUUUUUUUAAUGAGAAAUGGAGGGAGAACCAGUGAGAACCAGGACAGAGAGGGGUUGCUCAAACAAUUUUCUGCAGUCAAGGAGUCUGUAUAGUGGUGGACUCCAGCAAGUUACCAUUCUCUCUCCUGGGUAAUCAGGAAAAAUGAGCUAACACCUUUGUGGUGCUUCCAUGGGGGUCAGUAAGAAGCGAAGAGCCCAGGUUCUCCCUCAGGAGCAAUAUGGGGAGGGAACAAGGAACCCAGCUACUGAUGGGAAGAGUCACGGAGACUGAAGACCUAAAUUUUUGUCUCUCCCUCUCUGCAAGGUGAACUUAAGAUUUCUAUAGCUGGCUUCCUUGGAACUAUGUGGUGUUGGGAUUCACUACAACUACAAGGCCAGAAAAGAGGGCCAAAUGGGCAAAAUUUGAAUGGAAUUCAGAAUUAAAAUUAGAAGAAACUCAUGGAUAUGGGGACAUGAUGGAAAGCAGGGCAGUCGUGGUGAAUGAAGAUUUUUCAACUGUAUUUUGACUGGGCAAGGGAAAACAUACCUGCUACACAGUACGUUUCCCCCACUGCCAGGAGAAAACUAGAUCAUAGAAUCACAGAAUCACAGAAUUUCUAGGUUGGAAGAGACC